AUUCACACAGUCUAAUCCUUAUACUCCAAUACACUCAGAUAUUUACAGAGGCUAACAGCCUAUUCUGUGACUAUAUCCACCAGACCAAAGGAGAUGCAAUGAGGGUGUGCAAAAGCUCUUCUUACUCAUUGAGAUGACUGAUCUGCCUUUUGCAUUCUGUAUGGUGAAUCCCUGCUUCAUCUUGCUUUUUAAGUCCCAACCUGUAUAAGUAAGGACUCAUCAUUUACCUACCUAAGAAGUGCCCAAUACACCGGGAUUUAUAUACGCUCUUGCUGUAAAACAAAUACGUGCUGAAUAAGACUAGAAAACUUAACUCUGCUAGCCCUGGACAUGUCUACGCUGAAGGAUGUGAAAGAUCCGAAAUUUCCUCCAGGGGAUCCUGACUCAUGAAUGAUGUAAGCGCUCAAGAAAACUCUGAAAACUGUGUUACCAUGACAAGGAAGCUUUAGUAGUAAACUUUGUCUACUUUUAUACUGAAUCCAGACAACCCAACCCUUCCCAACCCAACCCAGCCCAACCCAAACCAGCCCAGACGAGCCCAGCUUAGCCAGGGGGUUCCUUUCUUCCACAACACAUGGAGGUAUAAGGCACAGGGGGAGCAUGAUCUAUGGUCCCCAAUCCUGGCUUACAUUACAAAAUGAGGGAUUUACCCUCCCAACCUCUUUCCUGAGGUCAACACAACACAACGUCACCCUGAUAAGUCCGACUUAGCGGGGCACUCGAGUUUCAAUGCUCCACGCUGUUCUAAGAUGAAGUUAUGGAAAAAGGCCAUUUUUGCCUUUAUACUCCUUAGUGCUGCUCUCUCACUUCUGCUCUUCAUAACAAUGAAACCCGCUGGGCCCAUCAUCCCCUGGGCUUCAGCCGUGUCUGUACAUCCUUCAACAAUAACCAUCACACCAUCUCCACCAUUAUCAUCUUCAUCUUCACCCAUGUUGGCCAGCCAUCAGCGGGCACCCAGAGCAUCCGAGGACACGAAUUCUCUCCUAUCUGAGUUUUCGUACCUGUUUCAGAGCUUCACUGAGGGUGAGUUGCAGAGGGUCAUCAGGUCACUAGUGGACAGAAAAGUUGGGAGAAGGACCAAGCGUGCGAAAAGCACAGAGACAUGCUCAUUGCACCAGGUGGUGCUAACAGUGAGUGAGCUGGGCCUGGGCUAUGAAAGUGACGAGACGGUGCGCUUUCGUUACUGCAGAGGGAAGUGCACCAGACGCCUCAGCAACUAUGACAUGGUGCUGAAAAACGUCAUACUGACCAAGGCAUCUGAGAAAGACAUAACCACUAAGGGAAGCACUGCUAAGAAAGAGCGACCACCAUACAGCCGCUGCUGCCGGCCCACCAAAUACGAGAACAUGUCAUUCUUUGACAAUAAGGCAAAAUUCUUCACAAUUCACGACGUGUCAGCCAGAAAGUGUGGCUGUGUGUGACACUGCACGGUUUGCUGAGAUGAUUGUAGUAAACGAGUUCAACGCAGUCAUGGGAUUAUAUAAGCGAUUAAUUGUAUGUAUAGAGGGGCUUCAGAAAGAAGCUGGAAUCAGUUAAAUCGAAGUGGAAGGUGAACCAAAUCCUGUGAAAUCUCACUUGGAGAAUCCAUGCUGGAUCUAUGCAUUUCAUAAUCCAAGCCACAGUCUCUCUGGCAGGGCAGAGUGGAGCGAUAUAGAAGUUUGUGAGGAGGAGUUUUGUCAAAGAAUGUUUCAAGCUUAAGGGAAAAGCAUUUUUAGUGGCAUCAUUUGAUGUAGUGAACUUCAGUGCUACACAACACUGGCCUUUUACUGAAGACAUGAAAAACCGCAAUGGUGAAAAUCCAGAAAAAUGUUAAAUAGGAUAUUUCCAUAUGGACUACAGCAGUAUGAAAAAAGUGUGUUUAUUUUGUAACAAAUAUAUUCAAGUAUGAAGUUAUCCACAGCUACCUCAUUUGUAUUUGGUUACAGAAAUAUGCAUCACACCAUUUCCCUUCUGGUUAACUAUUCGUUGAUACAAAUGUUUAGAAAUACAGUCUUCUCAGGUCAUAUACUGUAAAUAACAGCAUGCAUUGUUACUUGAAGUGAAAACCCAUCAACGGACACCCUCGUUUCAUUUGCUCUUGUCAAGAAUCCAGCUUCCCUUAAAUUCAUGUAAUCCCCAAUCCAAAUACAGAAUGGGAUUUUUGUGUAGUAGGUCAUAAACACUGUGAUGUUUGAGAUACUUCUGUUAAUGUUAUAAAAUUAUCUAUUUUAUCUGUCAUAUUAAUUAUGACAUAGUCAAAUAUUAAUCAAAUGUGCUGCUUUUAAUGGACUGUUGUUACCUGAAAGUGUGUGGUUCACCUUAAAAGGUUAAUUCUGCUCUUAAAGAUUAUACUCUAGUACAUUCACAUGGUUAAGUAAGACUUGUGCUGUUGGAUUGUCCCACAUUUUUAGCCCACUGUACACAGCAUUACCAUCUAAUUCCCUUUAAGUCAAUGCGGCCAUAAAUAACCAAAAAGAACAGUUAGAUAACCUCUAUAUUUACUUUCUCGCUUUCUGAUUAUAUUCUCCUACAGGUUGAUGGAAGGUUUGUUAAAUUAAAUACAGGACAUAAUUAAACACACAAACAAAUACAGAUUGUGCCUGAAUUAUAUACGGAACAAUCAAGCUCUUACCACAGCCUGCCAUAAAAUCUAAUGGACUUACUGUGAACACAAGGCAAUAGCAGCUGAAGGAACAUGCAGCCUCAUAGAUGCACUCAAACAAC